AUGGCAGCCUCUGCUGAUGGCGAGAAGCACGAGUCCCAGUACAAACACAUCGACUUGAACGGAAAUGUCUUCGAAUUGCCCACCUACACCAUGAAGGACAUCCACGCUGCCAUUCCGAAGCACUGCUACCAGCCCUCCACCCUCAGGUCCAUGGCAUACGUCUUCCGCGAUUUCUUCUAUGCCUCGACCCUGAUCUACCUCGCAGUCACAUACAUCCCUCUCCUACCAAACAUAUACCUUCGCGCGGCUGCGUGGGUGGCCUACACAACGGUGCAAGGCUUUGUUUUCACCGGCAUCUGGAUCCUGGCGCACGAGUGUGGCCACGGUGCCUUCUCCAAGUCCAAGAAGCUGAACUGGACCAUGGGCCUGAUCAUGCACUCCUUCCUUCUCGUCCCCUUCCACUCGUGGCGCCUCUCGCACUCCCAGCACCAUAAAGGGACAGGCAAUCUUGAGAAGGAUACCGCUUUCGUCCCCCAUACGAGACACAGCUGGCUUCAGCGCAACUUCGGGGAGAAGGCCCGUGAGAACAUGAUCGAGUUCGCUGAGCUGGCGGAGGAUUCCCCGAUUGCGACGCUGUGGUUCUGUUUCAUACAUCAGUUCUUUGGCUGGCCGGGAUACCUGCUCUUCAACUUGACGGGCCAGGAUUAUGACGGUGCGAAGGGGUUGAGAAUCACUCAUUUCUACUUCGGCGAGGACAGUGUGUUCUAUAAAAAGAGAGAGCUUCCGUUAAUCGCUCUGAGCGAUCUCGGCGUUGCGGUUAUGAUCGCCGCACUCGUGUGGGCAGGACAGGUCUUUGGAAGUCUGAAUGUGAUUGUGCUCUGGGGUAUUCCGUGGUUGUGGGUUAACAACUGGAUUGUUGCAAUAACCUUCCUCCAGCACACCGAUGCUACUAUGCCGCACUACAACAACAAGACCUGGACGUUCGCCCGCGGCGCAACCGCAACCAUUGACCGAGACCUAGGUUUCCUCGACACCCACUUCUUCCACGACAUCAUCGGCACGCACGUCUGCCACCACCUCGUCUCCACCAUCCCCUUCUACCACGCUGCCGAAGCCUCCGUUCACAUCAAGAAGGUCAUGGGCUCGCACUACAGGGCCGACACGAAGACCCCCUUCUGGACCGCCUUCUGGCGCAACCAGCGCACCUGCAUGUUCGUCGAGGAGACCGAGGGCGCCGAGGGCAGCGGCGUCUUCAUGUUCCGCAACCUGUACGCUCGCAAGGGCGAAGCGAAGCCGAGAAACCUCGUGGAUAAGAUUCCUGAGAAGGCGGAGGAGAAGUCGGAGGAGAAGGCGCCGAGUGUCAGGGCUACGGCCAUGUCCUCAGGCGCAAGGCGGUUGUCGCAAUCUGCGCAGCUGCGCGCGAACCUGCCUCUGCUGGCAGAGGCGUAG